AUGGGCGUCAAGACCGGCUGGUCACCCACCAAUUGGGCCUGGGACAACCUCUGGGAACGGGAUCUGAGCCGCAAGCUUUGGAACACAGUCCGGGAGACAUGGUAUCUGGGGUUUACCUCGUUCGGGGGCCCGCCGGUGCAUUUCAAGAUUUUUCAUGAUAAGUUCGUCACCAAGCUGCAUUGGAUCGAUGAAGAGGUGGCCUUCUCUGGGCCGGGCAGCACAAAGAUGUUGUAUUGCAUCAACCUGAUCCACGACGGGUUCUUGUCGGCCGUGUUGGGGUUCCUUAUUUGGAGCCUGCCCGCCGCGCUGGGAAUGUUUGGUCUCGCCAUUGGCAUCUCCAACGUCAACGAGACGCUCCCAGGCCCCGUGUACGCGCUGCUCUCGGGUCUGAACGCUGCCACCGUGGGCAUCAUCGCGCUCGCCGCGGUCCAGCUGGCACAGAAGGCCAUCACCGAUAAGCUCACGCGACUGCUCGUUUUCCUCGGCGCUGCUGCGGGGCUUCUGUACAACGCCCUGUGGUACUUUCCCCUGCUGAUGCUGAUCGCUGGCAUCAUCGCCGUGAUUCACGACUUCCGCUGGCUCCACGGCCCAGUCAACUCCUUCCACACCCACCCCGCCUUCGCCACGCCCUCGACCCCCUCCUGGACAUUAAAAUUCGCCACGGCCCGAAACCGCCACCACUUGCGCUGGGCGUCGGCGAUGGAGGUAUCACGCACAAAGUUGACGGUGCCGAAGCGGGCGUUGGCGGGGCGCAGGUCGGACAGCGCCAUGGAGCUCGUGCGCGGCUUGCCGAUCAGGCUCAUGGUGGUGACGUCCAGGCGCGUGUUGGGCGGCGCCGUGCGCGCGAACCGCUCCAGGAUGGCGCGCGACCACCGCGCGUACGGCGGCAGGUGCAGGUGGAUGGCGGCUACGAAGGAGGAUGUGCUCCAGGCUACGCUAGGGUGGGGUGAAGCCGUACUGCCUGCGGUCUUGAGAAGGGGCUCGCCUGCCGCGAUGUAG